AUGGCAACAUACAAACCCCUCCUCGCAGCAGCGACACACUUCACUCGCCGAGCCGCACGCCGGCGCAUGCCCAUCAUCUCAUUCAUCCUGACAAUUUCCCUCAUCUUCCCAGUCCUGCUGUAUUUACUACUCGGAAACAUCCUCGCCAACGACCCACGCUUAGUGCCCCAUGCAGUCCGAAACGCGCAGAACGUGUUAUUCAUCACCGCGCAUCCGGACGAUGGUGCCUUGUACUUUGGGCCGAGCAUACUCCAGAGCCUUGGAAGAAAUAAUGUGAAUCGAUACAUGCUCGUAUUAUCAUCCGGUGUAAACGAAUACGAGACAAGCCACCUCGAAACAAAAGCCUCCUGCCUCGAAUACUCCAUCCCCUCGAAAAACUGCCUUCUCCUCCAAAACAAGGAUCUCCAUCAGGAUAAAAAUUGGGACGACCACAUCAUCCAACGCAUCCUCGAGCGCCACAUCACAAAAUGGGAGAUCGAUCUCAUCAUCACCUUCGACGCCGCCGCAUUCUCCGACCAGAAUCACAAGGCUGUAAGUAACGCCGUGCAGCGAUACGCUAUCUUGCACAGCGAACAGCGCAAUCCAGCCGCGUAUGCGCUGCAGACUACCUCUGAGCUGAGGCGAUAUUUGUCAGUGCUGGAUCUGGUGACGACGUCUGUCCCGUUUGGUUUCAGGAUUUUGACGGCGAUGGUUUGCGGAGUGCCGGAAGGUUAUCACACCUCCCUAGAGGGGAAAGGGGUAGUGCCGCCGCCGACGGAUGGGGAUGUUUAUGCGGACAAGGCGUUGAUCGUUAGUGAUUGGAGUGGGCAUGCCGGAUCCAAAGUGGCGUUGGCCAAACAUGCGUCGGCGUAUUCAUGGAAUAGGGCACUGUAUGCGAGUCUGAGUCGAUACAUGUGGUUUAACGAUUUGAGGAGGAUGUAG